UGAUAUAUUUUAGUUUUAAUAAAAAUUUGUUAGUGAUUCCUUUUUUGGUGAUGUGAAAAGAUAAAAGAUAAAAAUGAAGAAGCGUAAAAAGGAUAAGAAAGUUCGUGUUCGCUUCGAUAUGAACACAACAGCAAGAAUGAAUCGGGGGUCCAGGGAGGAGCUCCUGGGGAGUUCCCAGGAAGCCCUCAGGAACAGCCAGCCAGAUUUAAGACAGGUCUACGAGAAGCCGCUUACAAGAGAAGAGAAAUCAUUCCUACUGAAUGCAGAUCGAGGAGAUUACGCUACUGUUAAAAAAUUGAUAGACCAGUACGCAACGUCUCCGGAGAUCCUCGAUAUAAAUUGCGUGGACCCUCUCAACAGAUCUGCACUUAUCGCCGCAAUUGAAAAUGAAAAUAUUGAACUGAUAAAACUUCUCUUAGCAUCCGGUAUCAAAGUUAAGGACGCACUAUUGCAUGCGAUCAAAGAGGAAUACGUGGAGGCGGUGGAACUGUUGCUGCAGUGGGAGGAGGAGCACCACGUCCCUGGUGAACCAUAUAGUUGGGAAUCAGUAGACAGUUCAGCGGCGACCUUCACAGUAGACAUAACACCGUUGAUCCUGGCCGCGCACCGCAACCACUACGAGAUUCUCAAGAUCCUGCUCGAUAGGGGAGCCACCUUGCCAGUGCCACACGACGUCAAGUGCGGCUGCGACGAGUGCGUGAAAUCGCAGCAGGAAGACUCGUUGCGGCACUCGCAGGCGCGUAUCAACGCAUACCGCGCGCUCACAGCGCCGUCUUUAAUCGCUCUCUCCUCCGCGGACCCCCUGCUCACCGCCUUCCAGCUGUCCUGGGAGCUCGGCCGCCUCAGCAGGAUGGAAACUGAAUUCAGAGUCGAAUAUAAGGCAUUAAGGCAGCAAUGUCAGGAAUUCGCAACAUCAUUGCUGGACCACACGCGCACGUCCCAGGAGCUGGAGAUCAUGCUCAACUACAAUCCUUGGGACCUGGACUCCUGGGAACCUGGCGAGCGGCAGACACUCGGUCGUCUCAAACUAGCUAUUAAAUAUAAACAGAAAAUGUUUGUUGCUCAUCCAAACGUACAACAAUUGUUAGGAGCUAUAUGGUACGAAGGCUUACCUGGAUUUAAACGGAAAAAUAUUGUCGGACAAUGUGUGCAGGUUGCAAAACUUGGUUUCAUGUUCCCUGUGUAUUGCACCAUUUACAUGUUGAACCCGGAUUCGGAGUACGGCAAGUUCAUGAAGAAACCAUUUGUCAAGUUCAUCUGUCACAGUUCAUCAUAUAUGUUAUUUCUUUCUCUACUUUCACUGGCCUCUCAGAGGGCAGAAUAUCUGGUACUGGAAUGGUCUGGGAUCCGCUGGCUUCAGGAAUUGGUGGCUCAUUGGAAAGCCCACGAGAGGGGCGCACUACCGGGCCUCAUCGAGUUCACUGUCAUCAUCUUCAUAGCAAGUUUAAUAUGGGCUGAGAUAAGAUCACUUUGGGAAGGCGGUCUCAUGGAAUAUGUCAGCGAUCUGUGGAACAUCGUCGACUUUAUCACGAACAUGUUUUACAUUGCUUGGAUAAGUUUACGAUUCUCGUCUUGGUAUAUAGUACAGCGAGACUAUCGCGCCGGCCUCGACCCUUGGUACCCGCGUGAGCGUUGGGAUUCUUUCGAUCCGAUGCUGCUGUCAGAGGGCGCCUUUGCUGCUGGAAUGAUCUUCUCCUUUCUCAAGCUAGUCCAUAUCUUCUCCAUCAACCCUUACUUGGGACCGCUUCAAGUAUCUCUCGGGCGUAUGAUCAUCGAUAUUAUAAAAUUCUUCUUCGUUUAUAUGUUGGUGUUAUUCGCUUUUGGAUGCGGUUUGAAUCAACUUCUUUGGUACUACGCCGAACUGGAAAAGAACAAAUGUUACCAUACUCCAAGUGGAAUUCCUGACUUUGACAAUCAAGAGCGUGCUUGCACAAUCUGGAGACGAUACGCAAACUUGUUCGAAACAUCCCAAUCUCUGUUCUGGGCGUCUUUCGGUCUGGUGGACCUGACAACCUUCGAGCUGACAGGCAUCAAGAGUUUCACCAGGUUCUGGGCGCUGCUCACCUUCGGCUCGUAUUCCGUUAUCAACAUUAUAGUGCUGCUUAACAUGCUUAUUGCCAUGAUGUCAAACUCUUACCAAAUUAUCUCGGAACGAGCUGAUAUAGAAUGGAAGUUUGCGCGAAGCAACCUCUGGAUGUCUUACUUCGAGGAUGGCGAUACUGUACCACCACCGUUUAAUAUUGUUCCCACUCCGAAACACUUCAAGGGCUGGAUCGAACGCUUAUGCUCCAAACGGGAUCGGGGUUCUAUUAUUAACAAAUCUCGUGAGAAAGCUCGCGAAGGUCACGAAGCGGUGAUGCGCGUGUUGGUGCGUCGCUACGUGACGGCGGAGCAGCGGGCGCGUGACGAUGUUGGCGUAACGGAGGAUGACGUGAUGGAGAUCCGGCAGGACAUAUCUACGCUACGCUUCGAACUAAUCGACAUACUUCAUAACAACGGCAUGAAGACGCCAAGGAUCAACAUGCAAGAUACCACAAUAUCCGGUAAGAAAGGCAAAGUGAUGGAGAGGAGAAUUCUCAAGGACUUCCAGAUCGGAAUUGUCGAGGGUAUCAUUAAGGACGUCAUCUCCAGAGAGAGCAAGCCCAAAGAUGUGUUCAGUCAAAUCGCUAAAGCCAUCGUACGGAAGGGUAGCACUGAAAGUAAGAAACGCGAUUGGAACGCUCUGGUACGCACCAACACAACCCGACGAGAUCCAAUCGGAAGGACUUCAGAGGCAGAGACGAAACGCAGCCGACAGUCCCUCAGACUUCACAUUUUGGACAACGUUCAGGCCAGGACUAUCGAUCCGCAAAAACUAUUGGAGUAUAAUCCAAAUCUAUCAUCGGUGAAUCCGACCGCAAGGGUUGCGUACGCCAAGUUCAUGAGAAGCAAGAUUAAAUCGGACUUCACUGAGAAACAGAAGAGAGGCUCUCAAGGUGACGUCAGUCUAGAAGAUGAAGUGUUUGAAGCGGCUACCACAACUGCCUCUAACAGAAUGAGUGGUAAAAUAUUCCGAGCGAGAACACCGAUUCCAGAAACUUCAGAUGAUGAAAAUAUAAAGCACACUGAAAUUAAAGUAGAGGCUGACAUCGAAAGGAAAGACACAGAAGCUGCAACAGAGCAACCGAAACAAGCAACGAAAGAAACAAAAGAAGAGAAACCAGCAACCAGUACUACAAAAGAGGAUACUACUGAUAAAGCUUCGAAAGCAUCAAAGGAUCAUAUCAUUCAAAUAGAAGAACCAGAAGGAGAAAGUCCAUCAAAGAGUUUAUACAUUACGAAAGAAGAAGAUUCUAAUCUUCAAAAACCAAUACAACCAACACCAAGUAAAAGUGAACCGGCAGAACAAAUUCUAUCAGCAACCGCUUUAGCAGCUCAAGCUAAAGAUACAAAACCCGAGCCUAAGCCAUCUACUACGGAAUCAAAACCAGAAACAUCAACGGAAUCCAAACCAACAGAAUCAACUGAACCUAAAACGAAGGAAAAACCAGAAUCUAAACCUGCUGUAGUUUUUUCAGAGGAACCAAAGAGUAGUCCUAAACCAUCGACAAGUGCUCCUAAACCAGCCAGUAAGCCACCACCAAUGGGAGACAAAGGAAGAUCUAAAGUAACAGGAAAAAUUGUAUCUGGAUGGCUGUAGACCAGACAUGGAUUACAUUGACUUAUUAGUGAGACAAAAUAGAGCAAUAAUUAGACUAUUAUAAAGAUAAUUCUAUGCAUCGAAAAACCGACAAUAGAUUUGAAAUUUAUUGAUAGAUUGGAAAUUCGCUAAAACGUUUACUAAUUGUGAUAAAUACAGAAUUUUUGAGAUAUAGACCUGGCGAUGACUGUUUAAACAUUUGAAAGUAUUAACUUUCGCGCACACAUGUGUGGUUGAAACACAUUUGUGUGUUAUUUUGGUAUCUUAAUAAUGAAAACCGAUCUUAUAAUGUAUUCACGCUCGGUUUCUGAAAGGCCAAUCCAUUAUAAUUGCGAUUAAACUCUAGCUUAUCGUGGUUCAGCAUAAUUUAGAAUUGAUAAAACUUGCGGUUAACGAAAAACUAAUAUAUGACAUUAAAUAGGAAUGUUAGUUCUCUCAGAAACCAUGUUUUAAUUUUCACCACUGAUUGUCAAUAUCACUAAUUUAUCUUUCCACUUAUUUAUUCUAUUUCCGUAGUUUAUAAUAUAGUUAUUAAUAUGAAUCAAUAAAGAAUGUAGGAUAUUCUGAUUAAUAACUUACAGCCUGUUUUCAUGUCUGUGUUCUUUAUAUUCUACCAUCUUUAUGUAAUGUUUUAUAUUCUCCUAGUACUUAUAGCCUAUUCUUAACCGAUUCUUUUAAGAUUAAUUUAUUUUUCUGCUUUUACACUUGGGCUUUUUGCCACUAUCAUCCAUGUCCUUGUCUCACGUAGGGUUGGCGCACCAGGGUUCCGUCCUAAAUAUCAAUUUAUCUACGAUCUGUCACUUCCUUCUAAAUUAUGUCACCUUCGCGCAAUCCAUCAAUCUCUUCCUAGGCCUACUCCUAACAGUGUUCCACUCCUCACUCAUACUUAACUUUCUCCUUGCCAAAUUCGAUUCUUUCCUCAACCAAAAACUUAGUUUGUAGUCUUUUUAUUAACACGUGGGUCUGGAAAUUAUUGUCGUAGCUUUAUAAUAUGCAUCCUGUCCUCCGUUAAUUAAAUGUAGGCAACGCAUAUGCAAUUGCGUAUGUCUAUGGGC